GUCUUCUUCUUCUCGCACUCGAUACGCAGGGUCGAUCGGAUACGUUCCCGUCUCGCGACUUCCGCAGAGUUUUCAAUCACGAAGCUCUUGCCUGAUCGAUGGGCUCUAAGAUGAAGAACGAUCCCCUCUCCGGCGAUGGAGCCAGCCCCGGGAAGAUCUUCAUCGGAGGACUAGCGAAAGAUGUUACUUACGUAACAUUCAAUAAGCACUUCGGGCAAUAUGGGGAGAUAACGGAUUCUGUGAUAAUGAAAGAUCGAUUUACUGGUCAACCUAGGGGUUUUGGAUUUAUCACUUAUGCUGAUCCUUCGGUGGUUGACAAAGUUAUAGAGGAUGAACAUAUCCUCAAUGGGAAGCAGGUUGAGAUCAAGAGGACCAUUCCUAAAGGUUCAGGUCAAUCGAAGGAUUUUAAGACGAAGAAGAUAUUUGUUGGUGGUAUUCCAUCAACUGUCACGGAAGAUGAAUUGAAGAAUUUCUUCUCUAAGUAUGGAGAAGUUGUUGAACAUCAGAUAAUCCGAGAUCAUGAGACUAAUCGAUCUCGAGGCUUUGGGUUCGUAAUUUUUGAUAGUGAAGAAGUUGUUGAUGAUAUGUUGUCUAAGGGAAAUAUGAUAGAAAUGGCCGGUACUAAGGUGGAGAUCAAGAAAGCUGAACCAAAGAAAGCCUCAAACCCACCUCCUUCAUCUGCAUUUGGUAGCAAUUCUAGGGGUCGCUCUUUCAAUGAUGGCUUUGGUGGAUUUGGUGGUUCUUAUGGGGGCUUUGAUGGAGGCUAUGGGCCUGGUCCAUAUAGGACUCCUGGAGGCUUUGGCAGUAGACUUGGCGGGUAUGGGUAUGGUAGUGGUGGUGGUGAAUUCGGCGGUAGUUAUGGGGGGUUUGGAGGUGGUAGCUUAGGAGGUUAUCGAGGGGAGUCUUCCCUCGGUUAUUCUAGUCGCUUUGGACCCUAUGGUAGCAGCUACGGUGGAGGCUAUGGUGGAGGCGGUUUAGGUGGAUAUGGUCGAGGAGGUGAAGGCUACGGUGGUUAUGGAGGUUCAGGCUAUGGCGGUGGUUAUGACUCAGGUCCAGGUGCUAGUUAUGGUGGAGCAGGUGGGAUGUAUGGCAGGGGAGGCUAUAGUGGCAGUAGUCGGUACCACCCUUAUGCGAGAUAGAGAUGCUCUUUAUUUCAUGCAGGUGCUUAAGCUUUCCUAUAGAAGUUCCAGGCAGAUUCCUCUAGAUUUGCUUAUUGCGCACUGAUAGGCACAGCAAGUACUAGAAGGUCUCCUACUAUCCGUUUCACCAGGGAAUGCUGUUCAUCAUCUGAAGAGUCAAAGUAGAUUUCAUCUGUAUGGAUUAGUCCUCGUAGAGUGCUAUCAUUAGUACUUGGAGUGUCUCUAACUAGCAGUUACUGUCUGUUUAGCUUAUCAUGUAGACUUUAUACAAUCUGGGUUGUAGUUUGUGAUAUUUCUUCUAGUUUGAUCUAGAUAGACAAUCUUUGAUAUAA